GACCCCCACCACCCCCGGCAGCCGAAAACCGCUCCUGAAAAAGCGGACAGCAGCAGCUCCCUCUCCGCCCUUCUUCCCCCGGAGGCAGAGAAAAGAGGAGGAAGAGUCUCCCCCGCUCCAGGAUUUUGGACCCCUUCAUCCCUUUGCACCCAAAGGAAGACCCGGGACCUGAAAGUUGCGGCUUAAAGAGUCGCCUCUCUGCACCCCCCACCCCGCCCCUCCCCAAGUUUUUUUUUUCCAUAUCGCGACAGGAUCGGGGGCAACCAUGCGGUCCCUGAUUGCCGGAUCGGUCGCCUUGGCUGUUACCCUCCUCCAUGCUGCUCGGCUGGUCCAUUCCACCUGCUCAGCCGCCUGCCAGUGUCCUCUGGCGGUUCCCAAGUGUGCCCCGGGCGUCGGUCUGGUUUUGGACGGUUGCGGAUGCUGCAAAGUGUGCGCCAAACAACUCAACGAGGACUGCAGCAAAAUGCACCCCUGUGAUCACACCAAGGGCCUGGAAUGCAAUUUCGGCGCCAGUUCCGUUGCUCUGAAGGGAAUCUGUCGAGCUCAGUCAGAGGGGAGACCCUGUGAAUAUAACUCCAGGAUCUACCAGAAUGGUGAGAGUUUCCAGCCCAACUGCAAACACCAGUGCACAUGCAUUGACGGAGCUGUGGGUUGUAUUCCGCUCUGUCCACAAGAAUUAUCUCUCCCGAACCUGGGCUGCCCAAAUCCUCGGCUGGUCAAAGUUUCCGGACAGUGCUGCGAAGAGUGGGUCUGUGACGACGAGAGUGCCAAAGGGCCUGUGGUGGAGAUGGAAGGCUUCAUCACAAAGGAGUUUGGACUGGAUGUUUCAGAAGGGGAGCUAACCAGAAACAAUGAACUGAUUGCUAUGGUGAAAGGAAGCCCAUUAAAGCAGUUACCUGUUUUUGGAUCGGAGCCACGCAUCAUCUACAAUCCAUCCUUUGAUAGCCAGAAGUGCAUUGUUCAAACAACUUCGUGGUCUCAGUGCUCAAAGACCUGUGGAACUGGUAUCUCCACCAGGGUCACCAAUGACAACCCGGAAUGCCGACUGGUUAAAGAAACAAGGAUCUGUGAAGUGCGGCCUUGUGGACAAACGGCAUAUAGCACCCUCAAGAAGGGAAAGAAAUGCAGCAAAACUAAAAAAUCCCAAGCCCCCGUGAAGUUUACUUACGCCGGAUGCUCAAGCGUGAAGAAGUACCGUCCUAAAUACUGCGGCUCCUGCGUAGACGGAAGAUGCUGUAGCCCUCAGCAGACCAGGACUGUCAAGAUCAGAUUCCGCUGUGAGGAUGGGGAGACAUUCACGAAGAAUGUCAUGAUGAUCCAGUCCUGCAGAUGCAACUACAACUGCCCGCAUGCCAAUGAAGCGGUUUUCCCCUUCUACAGGCUGUUCAAUGAUAUUCACAAAUUUAGGGACUGAGUUUUUCUUGGGCCGGGUUUGGAGUGGGUGGGAAACCUUGGGAGAGAGUCUGAAUUUGCAUUAACGAGACAGGGGAGGGGAGGGCGGGUGAAAGAAGUCUAUUGUAGAAGUGAUGCAUUGCUUGUUCCCCAAGCAAUCCUAAAGUAUUUUGAAACUACACAGUGCAGUGUGUGGACGGACACUAAUGCAACCCAGUUUUGAGAAUACUUAAUGCUUCAUAAUAUUGGAGCAAUGUUACUGCUUCAUUUUGGAGCUUGGUUUUGUUUAUGACAUUCUGUUUUCUGUUUGUAAAUGAUCCGAAGUGAACUCUUUGGGGGCGUUGUUCUUUUUUGGGUCUGUAAUUUAAAAGUUGUUAUGUGAUGAGUGGGAUUCCUAAACACUUUCUUCCUUUCGCAAAGUCAAAUUGGGAGGAGAUUCCAGACCUCUCUGAUGCGGCCCACUCUGAGAGUGGGCGCUAGUGGCAGCUACUAUGUACCAACCGCAUCCUAACUGCAAACAGAAAUCAGCUGUUUUAAGACUGAAUGUUUUAUUUAUCAAAGUGUAGCUUUUUGGAAAAAAAAUGUAAUACUGGAAUAAGUUGUAAAUGAUUUUAAUUUUAUAUUCAGUGAAAAAGAAUUUAUUUAUGGAAUUAAUCAUUAAAUAAAGAAAUAUUUACCUAAUUUCA